UGGCUGAUCCCUCCUGGUGACCAUGUUGGUGACAUGUCCAACCGGAUCAUUAAGAGGACUCAGCCAAUCUUUAUUAAAAUAAGAAAAUGCACUUCAACAUGACCAAUGCUGUCACAGACGCUAUACUCGCACAGAUACAAAGAGGAGUCCUCUAUUUAUCUCUAUGGUUACAGUUCCCGAAAAUACCACAUGUCCAGCCUCCAGUCCUGAAGAGAGCGUUCUCUUUGGAUGUUCCAAGUGUCACUCAAGUCGUUUUUCAUGGAUCAGGAAGCACUUGACACGAUGAGUCGUAGAUACAGCAGCAGCUUGUAUUCGUGAAAGGAAAAACCUCAUCCCACUGGCUGCUAUGACCUAGCUAGUGAAGCGUUCUUUUCCUAGUCAGUAUUUAACAAAAACAAUAUCCAUUUCGAUCUUUAUUUUAAGUAGUUAUUUUACUUGUAAUUGUUUAUGGUUGCAUUUUCGGGAACCUAUUAUUUCCCAGCCAGCCACACAGCGGCAAGCUGGCUAGUUUGCCGACGUUUUGUGGAUUGAUUCCCAGCUCUCUAACGGUAACGUUAUUACCGGGUUGCCGAGUCCAAGGCAAGGGACAGCUCUUUUUAAUCCUAGUGUUUUAAUCCCUGUUUUUACUUGUUAAAGAAGAUGAAGAUAACGGUGGAAUUCGAGGAAUGUCUCAAAGACUCUCCAAGAUUCAGGGCCACUAUAGAGGAGGUGGAAGGGGAUGUUGGAGAGUUGGAGUCCAAACUCGACAAGCUGGUGAAGCUAUGCAUCGGGAUGAUCGAUGCCGGCAAGGCUUACAACACGGCAAACAAACAGUUUGUCAAUGGAAUCCGCGAGCUUGCUGCGAGCUCCACCAAAGAUGAAGUCAUUGAGUCCAGUCUCACAACGUUUGCUGAGAGUCUGCAGGAGAUGAUCAACUACCACACGAUUUUGUUUGACCAGGCCCAGCGAUCGAUUAAGACACAGCUUCUAACAUUUGUCAAAGAGGACCUGCGGAAGUUCAAAGAGGCUAAGAAACAGUUUGAUAAGGUGAGUGAGGAGAAGGAGGCGGCGUUGAACAAGAACGCCCAGGCGCCACGCAACAAGCAGCACGAGGUGGAGGAGGCCACCAACAUCCUGACGGCUACGCGCAAGUGCUUCCGCCACAUCGUCCUCGACUAUGUCCUCCAGAUCAAUGUACUACAGUCCAAGAGAAGAUCGGAAAUCCUCAAAUCGAUGCUGUCCUUCAUGUACGCCCACCUGACCUUCUUCCAUCAGGGUUACGACCUUUUCAGUGAACUGCAACCUCUGAUGAAACAGCUGGGGGGACAGCUGGACCUGCUGGUGGUGGAUGCAGCCAAAGAGAAGAGGGACAUGGAGCAGAAACACUCCACCAUUCAACAGAAGGCUGCUCUGCAGGGGACAGAGGUUGAUGGCCACAGCUUUUACGCGUGGAUGUCCUCUGACUUCUCGAAUGACGACACCAAGCUGGAGUACAAUGUGGACGCAGACAAUGGCAUUGCGAUGGAGGGCUACCUGUUUAAGAGGGCCAGCAACGCCUUCAAAACAUGGAACAGGCGCUGGUUCUCCAUUCAAAACAAUCAGCUAGUUUACCAGAAGAAGUUCAAGGAUAAUCCCACAGUGGUGGUGGAGGACUUGCGGCUAUGUACAGUCAAACACUGUGAAGAUAUCGAACGCCGCUUCUGCUUUGAAGUGGUGUCACCCACCAAGAGUUGUAUUAUGCAGGCUGACUCUGAGAAGCUGAGGCAGGCUUGGAUCAAAGCUGUCCAGAACAGCAUCGCCACUGCCUUCAGGGAGCAGGGAGAGGACGCUGAGCUGGACCGGAAGUCUUCCACCUCCACAGGCAGCCUGGACUCAGGCGGCGAGCCCAAAGAGAGGCCACUGAAGGGGGAGAGCGCCCUCCAGAGGGUCAUGGUCAUUGGGGGCAACGCCUGCUGCUGUGACUGUGGUCAACCUGACCCACGCUGGGCCAGCAUCAACCUGGGUAUCACCCUUUGUAUCCAGUGCUCUGGGAUACACAGGAGUCUGGGGGUCCAUUUCUCCAAAGUGCGCUCGCUCACACUGGACUCAUGGGAACCUGAACUACUCAAGUUGAUGUGUGAGCUAGGUAACGGGGUCAUCAACCAGAUCUACGAGGCUGGGAGAGAGGAGCUAGGAGCCAUGAAGCCAAAGCCGACAGACCCCAGGCAGGAGAUCGAAGCCUACAUCAGGGCCAAGUACGUUGACCGGCGUUUCGUGCAGCGCCCGUCCAAUGAAGAGUUACGCGCCAAGGUGGUGUCCCUGGUCAAGCAGGAGAAGAAGCUGAGCGGCAGCACGGAGCACCUGCCCCCCCGGCCGCCCCCGCCCACGCCCAAACUCCGGCCGUCCUCCAACGCCUCAGGUCAGUCAGCUGCUGCCAAGGGCUUGAAGGCGCGCCGCGACUCUCUCUUCUGUCCAGACGAGCUUGACUCGCUCUUCUCCUACUUUGACACCUCUGCCAAGCUCAGGAGCAUAAGAAGUGCAGACAGUGGCAUCCAGAACAGUGCAGAAGGAAGUAGAGAGAUGUUAGCCACCAACAGCCUGGCUGAAGCAGAAGCUGCCGAGGCGCCCCCAAUGGCCAUGCCUGCCACCCUGCCCCCUCCAUCGCCCUGUAAGGAGCUGGUGGUGUUCUCGGAGCCCAAGGAGUACUCCCCGGGUCUGCAGCUGUACUGGGCCUCGUGUGCCCGCAGCCUGCCCAACAUGGCCGAGGCCCUGGCACACGGAGCGGAGAUCAACUGGGUCAACACCGACGACGACAAGAGGACCCCGCUCAUCAUGGCUGUGCAGGGGGGCUCGUUGGUGACCUGUGAGUUCCUGCUCCAGAACGCAGGAAACGUGAACCAGCAGGACGCCCUGGGUCGAGGACCCCUCCACCACGCCACCAUCCUGGGACACACCGGUCAAGUGUGUUUGUUCCUGAAAAGAGGAGCCAAUCAGAACGCGGCAGACAUUGAAGCGAAAACGCCCCUAUCCAUGGCAGUGGACGCUGCCAAUGCCGACAUCGUCACAUUACUGCGAUUGGCCAAGAUGAACGAGGAGAUGCGGGAGGCGGAGGGGCCCUACAUGCAGUCAGGAGAUGAAACCUACCAAGACAUUUUCCAGGAUUUUUCCCAGAUGGCUUCAAACGAUCCGGAGAAGCUGAACCGUUACCAGCAGUAUGACUCGCAGCAGAGGCCAUGAGGGAGGGAGACAACCUGGAAGUCUGGGGAAACCGUCUGGCCUUCUUCCUGCUCAGUGCUGUACUCAGCACGAGUAUUGGAGGGUCUGUUUCACCUGAACCUCAACGGUGAAGGUGUCUGCCGUAUAUCACCUUUAAUUGGUUUUAAAUGGGUCUAAAAAUGUACAUUUUUAAAGUUAAAAAUGUAUACAUUUCAUUGAGGCUGGAUGGCUCAGGAUUGUGAACUUAAACAAUGUUUUAUGAGACUCUGGACUGGUGCCCAGUUUGUAAAACAGUUCACAUUUGAACCUGAAUGGUACAGUAUUAUGCUUUUUACAUAAUGUGACAGUUUGGUUGAAAACAUAACCAAUAACAAAAUCAAGUCGAGUCAUAAUUGUCUAUUCUGAAUUCAUAUAAACCAAAUAGACCACUCAUCGUGUCUUUUGAAGUUUAGUAGGCUUUUUACAUGUAGAUCCUUUUUUAAUAUAUAAAAGAAUGCGCAUUUUAUUUGUGCUAUCAAUUUGUUAAAAUCGUCCCAUUUCAAUGUGGUGUUUUGUUGAUAAAUAAACAGCACCUUUUGUGAUUUUGGCUGUAGUAGUGUUUUCACAGCAUUGAUGUACUGUAUAUUAAAAUGCAAAUGCAACUCCUUAUGUUAAAAAUGAAAGUUCAUGUUAAUUGGCUCCCCCAGGUAGUUGACAUAUUCUGCCACCUUAAUUAUUUGCACAAAGUCCCACCUUCCUCGUCAACACUGUUUUGUACGGUGGAACUUUAGUGUCAGCUGGUGUAAAGUGCACAUGUUGCUGAAGUGUAGGUUUGUCACUCUUCUGUUCCUGUUGAAAAGCCCUUAAUGUGGCUCAUAGAUGUUGAUUGUGGGUAUUUUGCUGUUUAUUUUAUUGAUGAGGCAAUACUUUUGUUUUGUGUGGUUUUUAAGAUCUGAUUUUCCAUGUUUGUCACCAAGGCCAGUUCUUUGUUUGUUAUUGUGUGUGUGAGGAAGACGAGCCUUAUGUUUUAAAGUAUAAUUUCAUAUUCAAUUUUGUUUUAGACCGGAAACAAUGACUGUUAAAAAGAGAAAAGAUUGCAUGUACAUGAAUGUUUGAAUUUAGGUCCCCACAUUGUAGUAUCCACUUUUUCUGACACAUCUCACUAUUUUAUUUUAAACAGUAUUAUAGCAUCCUGUUCAUUGGAUGGCAAAAAACAACUUCUAUAAAAUAUACCUUGUUUAUUAGUAUAGCAGUGUAUUAGACACACUAACAAGCAUGUACCACCUUCCUGGAUACAUACUACUGCGGCACUGCAUUGCAAUUACAAUAUGAGGAGCUCUUAAGCCCUGGUUAUACCUGGUGCUAUCAUUUGCCUUUUGUCCUGAUCUUGUCCACAUUCAGAUUGUGCCCACAUUUUUAGAUGGGUGUAGAUGAUUAAAGCAACUGAUUGUGAUCAAAUCCUCUUUACCACUUCUGGAGGAGGUCUGUGUAAACAGAUCUGGAUUGUCAAACCAUUUAAAUCCACCCUCAAAUCAUUGACGUGGGGCACCAUUGUCUAAAGGCAUCAAUAUUGGUCUAUAACGUUAAAUAAAUAUGAUUAUUUUAGAGACGGUGGCCCGGUAGGACCAAUCUAGUAAUUGACGGAUACAGUAGUGAUUGGCUCAGAUCACAUGUAAAUGAAAUGUGUAACUAGGGAUUUUCCUUUCUUGAUUUUUAUUGGACUCUAACUUGUAAACUCUGCCCACUGAGUUUUCAUCCAACCAAUCAAUUUGUCCCAACUACUUCCGUAGGUGGUCAGGAAGAACUGAUCAGUGUUUUUUAAGUUUUUUGUUAGCACCAGAUAUAAACUGGGCAUUUCUUAAAUCCAACAUGGGAUACAGAUCUUGUACAGCUUUUGAAUAUGCAUAAGUUAAAUCUAAACUAGUGGUACUUGAAUCAUUAAAUAAGCGCUUGUAAAUGCUGAUAAUAUAAAAAAGACAAUUACAAGAUAAAAUUGUCUCCCUAUACCACUCAGAUAUGCAUAUCGAUAUAAUUAAGGACUAUAUUACAUUUAUUGCAAAUCAUGGACUGAAUUUCUUGCUGAAUGUUGAACUGUUUGUUGUAUUGAUUUUAUAAAGCAAUUUUCCGUU